GCGCACUCUACUGAGAGCCGUUGGACUACAUCUCCCAGCGGCCCUCGGGGUUCCGGUGACGCUGCCAGACAGUUUUGGCAGUUUGUUUCCCUUUCCGAAGAAUGUAGACGUGAGGCUCUUUGGCGCAUUGGCUGUCCGGUAUUGUAAACCAAGAUGGUGACUGAGCUGUGGAGACGAGCUGUGUGAGCCGCUUCAGGAACACGUCCCUCACUUCACCCCAUGGCUGACGGAGCAGGCGGAGGGGAUGACGACGUCAUUCACCUGGCGAGCUUCAACGUCCACCGCAGUCAAGGCCGGCGCUUGCGGAGGAAGGAGUUCAUCACCAUCUCUGACGACUCGGACGACGAGCCGCUCAACCUGGUCUUGGGCCGUCCCGUGCUGAUCCCCGACGACGCAGACGACGACGUCCGCAUCCUGGAGUCUCUGCCACGAAGACACCUGAUCCGCCCGGCCGCCCCCUGGUGCGGCGACCUCCCUCUCCACCCGGUGUGGCCACGCCACAGCCCUCAGGCCAGCACUAGCACCGCUAGCACUAGUGCCGCUAGCACAAGCACCGCUAGCCACAGCCCUCAGGCCAGCACUAGCGCCGCUAGCACUAGCGCCGCUAGCACAAGCACCGCUCACCACGCCCGCCUCAUUAAGGUGGAGGCCACGCCCCCUACGCCGGUCACCCCCUCUACCUCCAGCAUCUGGGACGACGCCCGCCUUCCAAGCACCUCGGGCACCUCGGGGGCCCCCCAACGGCCGCCCGCCCCUCGGACCCGCCAUGACUCCAUAGAACACACGGAGCCACGCCACAGCCCUCAGGACAGCACUAGCACCGCUAGCACUAGCGCCGCUAGCACAAGCACCGCUAGCCACAGCCCUCAGGCUAGCACUAGCACCGCUAGCACUAGCGCCGCUAGCCACAGCCCUCAGGCUAGCACUAGCACCGCUAGCACUAGCGCCGCUCGGCACAGCCCUCAGGCUAGCACUAGCACCGCUAGCACUAGCGCCGCUCGCCACAGCCCUCAGGCUAGCACUAGCACCGCUAGCACUAGCGCCGCUCGCCACAGCCCUCAGGCUAGCACUAGCACCGCUAGCACUAGCGCCGCUCGCCACAGCCCUCAGGCUAGCACUAGCACCGCUAGCACUAGCGCCUCCACCCAGACCCAGCGGAUCCAGAUGGGAGGGGCCCAGGGCCAGCCGGCCCCCGCCCCACAGCCCGGGAUGCUGCAGGGCCCCGCUAUGCCCGGCCCCCCCACGGGGCCCCAGGCUGCCCUGCCCCAGCCCCGCGGGAGGGGCCUUAUCCACAUUGUGGCGACAGUGCACACAUUUGCCCCACCCCAGGCCCCACCCCAGGCCCCACCCCAGGCCCCACCCCAGGCCCCACCCCAGGCCCCGGCCCCACGCGCCCCCCAGGUCAGACCUGCGGCCCCCCCGGCGGUGCUGAUAGCCGCCGCCCCAGAGAGACUGGGCCCCCCUGAGGUGGGCCACCGUAUCAGGCUGGGGAGCCAGGCCCCCGGGGAGGCCCAGCUCAACCCCCCCCCCCAGGCCGGGGCCCCCCUCGCCGCCCUGGUCCGCCCCAGACCCCCCAUCCUCAGGCAGGCGCAUUUCAUUCUGGCUCCGGCUGCAAACCCGACCCCAGCCGGGGCUCCAGCGGCCCCCGUGGUGCCGCCCCCCCGGGUGCCGCCCCCCCCGGUGCCGCCCCCCCCGGCCCCAGCAGACAUUCCCAGGCUGGAGGAGGCCAGGCCGGGCCCCUCAGCGCCGCAGGACGGACCCGGGGGGGCCCGACCCGAGCUGCCGCCCCACGUCAGAGCCCUGAUGGCCGGAGUGCUGGAUCUCUUCCCUGAUGUGCAGAGCGACCAUGUGGCUGAACUCAUCCAGCAGAACAAUGUCACCGACCUGAAUGUGAUCUGUAACAUGCUGCUGGAGAACCCAGCCUAUCCCAGGAGACAGGCCGCUCCCCCCCCCCCCACCAGCAUCCUGCUGGAGUCUGGAGAGCAGGAGGCUGAGGUGACGGAGGACCUGUUUGACUACACCCGUCUGGGCGCCGUGGCCCCUGAGGCCCUGAUGCAGGCCACUGACCUGCUGAUGGCCGACUUCAGGAUGCUCAGCUGCCAGGACCUCAAGUGGGUCCUCAACGCUCUCAAGGGCCACUAUGCAAUCACACGCAAGGCCUUAUGUGGAGCUCUGAAGAAGUGGCAGGACUCUGGAGACCCCCCAGGGAAGAGACGGCGGAGUAGGACAGCGUCAGAGCGCUGCUACGUGGACCUCCAGUUUGAGCACGGCACUGUGAAGUUGGAAAAGAGGAUGUACUUCUUGGAGAACGACCGGCGGUACUUCCGGACCUACGGGACGCUGGAGCCCUCGCUGCAGGCCGAGCUGGCCUUCUACCAGCGGAGGGCCAAGGAGUCCGCAGAGCAUGAGGACUUCCUGCUGGCUCUGCAGGUCAACGAGGACGAGUACAAGAUGGACGGACAGCUCAUCGAGUGCGGCUGCUGCUUCGGAGAGUUUGCCUUCGAGAAGAUGACUCAGUGCUCUGACGGACACCUCUUCUGCCAAGAGUGCCUGGUCAAAUACGCUCAGGAGGCCGUGUUCGGCUCUGGACAGUCAGAGCUCAGCUGCAUGUCGGGGGGGUGUCCCUGCUCCUACCCGGUGUGUGAGCUGGAGAAGGUUCUGCCGGAGAACAUCCUGAUCAAGUACUACGAGAGGCAGGCUGAGGAGGCCGUGGCCGCCACCUGCGCCGACGAGCUCGUACGGUGUCCCUUCUGCAACUUCCCUGCCCUGUUGGACAAGGCCAUGUCUCUGUUCAGCUGCCCCAACCCCCGCUGUCGCAAGGAGAGCUGCAGGAAGUGCCAUGUUCAGUGGAAACAACACGUGGGGAAGACAUGUGACCAGGUCCUGGAGAGGGAUGAGAUCCGUAUGAGGGUGCUGUUCGAGGAGCGUAUGACGGCGGCCCGGGUGCGGCAGUGUGUGAAGUGCGGCCUGGGGCUGGUGAAGUCGGAGGGCUGUAACCGCAUGUCGUGCCGCUGCAGCAGCUUCAUGUGCUACCUCUGCCGGGAGCCAAUCACCGGCUACAACCACUUCUGUCAGCACGCGCGCUCGCCGGGGGCGCACUGCCGCCACUGCCGCAAGUGCUCCCUCUGGACGGACCCCACGCAAGAUGACGAGCGCAUCAUCCAGGAGAUCCAGAAGGAGGGCGAGGCGGAGCUCAACAAGCAGAGCAGCGAUCCCUCAGGUAAGCGGGUGGGACCCCCUCCCGAGGCGAUCACCGUCUCCAAGCGGCCCCGCGUCGCCCCCCCGCUGCAGAACCCGCCCCCCCCCCAACCGGGCCCCCACCUGGGGGUCCAGCCGCCCCCCCCGGCGGUGCAGGACCCCCCCAUGUGGCUCCACCUCGGCCCGUUCCCCCCCGCGCCCGCCCAGGUGGUCCGCAGGGUCUACCAGAUCAGGGCGGCCCCCGGGAUGGCCCCGGGCCCCUACGUCCCCCCGCUGCCCCACCUGCCCCCCUUCAACAACCCGCCCCCGCCUGUCAAUCACAACCUGGACAUGAUGGACCUGCCCAUGCACUACGGCCCCCCCCCCUACUACAGGCAGCGCUUCUAGUGGUGGGAGACCGGACACACACACACACACACACACACACACACACACACACACACACACACACACCCCUUGCCUUGCCCCGGGCCCCCCGUUCCAGGGGCCCGCGGCCGUUCCCUUUGUACUGGUCUACCGGAGCUGAGUC